AUGAGCGAAAUCACACACCCCACCAUCAAAGAUGGAUGGUUCUCCGAGAUCUCCGAGAUGUGGCCUGGCCAGGCUAUGACCCUGCGUGUCAACCAGAUCCUGCACCACGAGAAGUCCAAAUACCAAGACGUCCUUGUUUUCGAGAGCAGCGACCAUGGCACGGUGUUGGUGUUGGAUAAUGUCAUCCAGUGCACGGAGCGGGAUGAGUUUUCGUACCAAGAGAUGAUCACCCAUCUGGCUAUGAACUCCCACCCCAAUCCGAAAAAGGUGCUUGUCAUUGGUGGCGGCGAUGGCGGUGUUCUGCGUGAGGUUGUCAAGCACGAAACCGUCGAGGAGGCUGUGCUGUGCGAUAUUGACGAGGCUGUCAUCCGCGUCUCCAAGAAAUACCUGCCCAAUAUGAGCAUAGGAUUCGAACAUCCCAACGUGAAGGUCCACGUCGGCGAUGGGUUCAAGUUCCUUGCUGAAAAAAAGAACGAAUUCGACGUCAUCAUCACCGACAGCUCUGACCCCGAGGGGCCUGCGGAGGUUCUGUUCCAGAAACCCUAUUUUGAAUUACUGCACGGCUCGCUCCGAGAGGGCGGCGUUAUCAGUACUCAAGCCGAAAACCAAUGGCUGCACAUCAAGCUCAUCACCGACCUCAAGCGGCUGAUGAAGGAGGUCUUCCCCGUGGUGGAGUACGCCUACACCACCAUCCCCACGUACCCGUCCGGCCAGAUCGGCUUCCUGGUCGCGUGCAAGGAUGCCUCGCGCGACGUGCGCCAGCCCGCCCGCGCCUGGACCCGCGACGAAGAGGACAAGCUGUGCCGCUACUACAACCAGGAUAUCCACCGCGCGAGCUUCGUGCUGCCAAGCUUUGCCAGGAAGGCGCUCGAGUGA